AUGGAGGCAACUACUCCCGAUGUGGUCGAGCAGGGGACGGACGGCACUCUGGCGAAAAGAUUGCUGAAGAAGAUUGACAGACGGCUGAUCCCACUGCUUUUCUUCACUUAUAUGUUUAAUUUCAUGGAUAAGACCAUCUUGUCUAGCGCAUCUGUCUUCGGCAUGAGGGAUGACAAUAAUUUGGUUGGCCAGCAGUACAGCUGGGUAUCAUCCGUCUUCUACUUUGGCUACUUGGGAUGGGUAUACCCAACAACUUUGCUCAUUGCUCGUCUGCCCGCUGCCAAAUACAUGACGGCCAAUACAUUCUUCUGGGGUGCUGUAGUGGCCCUCACUGCAGCCUGCACCAACUUUGGCGGUCUGAUUACAGUCCGCUUCUUGCUUGGAGUUGCUGAAGCAACAAUCACGCCGGCGUUCAUGUUCAUUACCUCGAGUUGGUACACCCGUGAUGAAAUUCCUACCAGGACAGGCCUAUGGUUUGCCGGAAACAGUGUCGGCGGAAUUCUUUCCAGUCUCCUCGCCUACGGCCUGGGACACGUCAAAGACAACGUCGGGCCGUGGAGGUGGAUGUUCAUCGUCCUUGGCUGUUCGACAUUCCUCUGGGGAUUCGCUAUCUGGACUCUUCUCCCAGACUCAAUCUCCAAGGCCAAAUUCCUAACAGAAGAGGAACGCCAGUUCGCAAACAACAGAGUUGUCGUUGCAGGCACAGGCUCAACAGAGCAAACUGCUUGGAGAUGGGACCAGUUCCUUGAAUGCAUAAUGGACCCGAAGACGUGGCUUAUCUUCGGACUGGAGCUUUGCACGCAAAUCCCCAACGGAGGAACGCAAAAUUUCGGCAAUCUGGUGAUUGUCUCAUUUGGAUUCACGAGCCUGCAAUCGACACUAAUUAAUAUCCCUUACUCGCUUAUUACCGUGGCUGCAAUUACCGGAUCGGGCUGGCUGGCCGGUCGUUACCGCCAACUGAACUGCUUGCUCGUUGUGGCCGUUGUGAUCCCUUGCGUCGUCGGCAGUGCGAUCAUCUACUCCCGCGAGCAUAUCGUCUUGGGGGUGCAGUUGUUUGGAUAUUUCCUGUUGUCGACUGGACCUGCCGCAAUGCCACUUGCUAUGUCGCUGGUGCAGUCCAAUUACCGUGGCGUCACUAAGAAGAUGACGGUCACUGCGAUGCUUUUCCUGGCUUACUGUGCUGGAAAUAUUUCCGGGCCUCAGUUCUUCCUUAGUCACGAGGCGCCGCAUUAUAACACUGCUUUCCGCACGAUUAUGAUUUGUUAUGCUCUGGCUGUCGUGUUGGCGUUGGCUCUUCGUUUCUACCUGCAGUGGUUCAAUGCUCGUCGUGUGCGUCUCGAGGGCUUUGAGGGUAGUGCUGGAAAUGCGGGUGCUGUCGGUGGUGGCAAGGUAAUGGAUGGUGAUGCUGAUCCCGAUUCGAAGAAUGUUGCGGAUAUGGUGAACCAAGUACAACUGGUAUCGGAUGACUAUGAGGACGUCACCGACUGGAAGACACCGGGCUUCAGAUACCGUUACUAA